AGGCAGGCCGAAUCAGGAGAUGCUUUUGUGCGUCUCUACAACAUUGACUUGACACACUUCAGAAACCACGUUUCUCUGAGUCGGACCGGAAUCCACGGUACCACCGUUCAUCAGCGAGCCCAGACUGAAGGAGCUGAAAGGGUAAUUUUUAUACUUAAUAAAAGCAAAACAAAGCGUCUGGCUUUGUUUGACAAAAGGAAGCAAUGUCAGGGUUGAAGAAACGGAGUUCAAAUACAUCCGCGGACCGGGAUGAAGACGACAAGCAGGUGAUGGAGAAGAUGCUCAGAGGUGGGAAUGGCAACAUGAGCCGACCAGGAGACGGCACGCCUGAUAGCCCGACCGCAGAUAUUAGCGCUGCGGAUGGAGAAGAGACAGUCGAGCUGAAAAGAACUAUAACUCUCGUGAACGGCGUGGCCAUCAUUGUAGGCACCAUUAUUGGCUCUGGCAUCUUCGUAACUCCAACCGGAGUGGUGAAAGAAGCCGGUUCAGUCGGGUUGUCGCUGGUCGUGUGGGCUGUAUGCGGCGUCUUCUCCACUAUAGGUGCGCUGUGCUAUGCUGAACUGGGGACCACCAUCACCAAAUCAGGGGGUGACUACGCUUACAUCCUUGAAGUUUAUGGCUCCCUACCUGCGUUUCUGAAACUCUGGAUCGAGCUUCUCAUCAUAAGGCCGUCCUCGCAGUAUAUUGUCGCCUAUGUUUUCGCAACCUACCUCCUGAAGCCCAUCUUUCCCUUCUGCCCUGUCCCUGAGUCAGGAGCCAAGCUGGUCGCCUGCUUAUGUAUCCUGUUGUUGACUGCUAUCAACUGCUACAGCGUGAAGGCCGCCACAAGGGUCCAAGAUGCCUUUGCUGCUGCUAAGCUACUUGCCCUGGGCCUCAUCAUCGUUAUUGGUUUUGUGCAGAUUGGCAAAGGUGAUACUACUGAUCUCCUGCCUGCAAAUUCAUUCAAAGGAAGCAAAUCAGACUUUGGCAACAUCGGAUUGGCUCUUUACAGUGGGCUGUUUGCUUAUGGAGGAUGGAAUUAUUUGAAUUUUGUCACAGAGGAGAUGAUUGAGCCAUACAAAAAUCUUCCUCGGGCCAUCAUCAUCUCGCUUCCCAUUGUCACCGUUGUCUAUGUGCUGACCAACCUGGCCUACUUCACCACACUCAGUCCGGAGCAAAUGCUCUCAUCUGAGGCUGUUGCUGUGGACUUUGGAAACUACCACCUGGGGCCAAUGGCUUGGAUAAUCCCUGUGUUUGUGGGCCUGUCCUGCUUUGGCUCUGUGAAUGGCUCUCUGUUUACCUCAUCUAGGCUGUUCUUUGUUGGCUCCCGAGAAGGUCAUCUUCCCAGUUUGUUGUCGAUGAUCCACCCUGACCUGCUGACCCCUCUGCCUUCACUUAUAUUUACUUGUCUCAUGACUCUCCUGUACGCUUUCUCCAAUGACAUAUUUUCUGUCAUCAACUUCUUCAGCUUCUUUAAUUGGCUUUGCAUUGCCAUGGCGAUCCUUGGCAUGAUGUGGUUGCGCUACAAGAAACCGGAGUUGGAACGACCAAUUAAGGUUAAUAUUCUGCUGCCCAUUUCCUUCGUAUUGGCCUGCCUGUUCCUCAUUGUGGUGUCCAUCUGGAAAACCCCUGUGGAGUGUGCUAUAGGAUUCGGAAUCAUCGCCACAGGAGUUCCCGUGUACUUAUUCGGCGUUUGGUGGCAGACCAAGCCCAAAUGGCUCUUGCAGAUCCUCUUCUCUACCACAGCGACAUUCCAGAAACUGAUGGAAGUGGUUCCUCAGGAGUCCUGAAGACCAUACGGAUAGACAGAUGCCUCUUCCACGCACAAAGUCUCCUUGUAUUCACCUCAGACUCCCUUACUGUAUUCCUCGACUGCCUCACCUCUCGUGUGAGCCAGAAAAAAAGUCAUAUCCUGCUGCCACAGGCAAAAUCUAUAUUAAUUACCACAUGCGAAACAAGACAACAUCAGAGGUCACUGGAGCAUUUCAGUUGAGAUGUAGAUUUUCUCAGUCCUUCCUCAGUUAAAUGUAUUAUACUGUAUACAUUUCAUUCUUAAUGUUUGAGUUCCAAGUUUUUUUUAAUCAGGAUUUUAUAUAUAUUUUUUAAGCCAUUGGAGAUAUGUGUCAUAUAACCACCGUGAGUGGUUUGGUUUGGUCAUCCCUUUAUUUUAGGGCCUGCAGUAGUAUGAUCGUAAGCUUCCUGUAUCGUGUUUUCAGCUUUUGUUUCAAAAUGUACGUGAGGAAAAGUGCGUACCGAAAAUGCUUGUGGGGAGGCGCUAAUGUCUCUCUCAGCAACCAGAACCAUCAUUCCAACCUGACUGACAAAUUUGCUUCUUGGAUUACAAUAUGUUCUAUUAUAUCUACAAUCAUUUCCUUUUCUACAGCAGAUUUGACCAGUUUGCUGUGCCUUUUCUGCCGGUGUAGAAAUGUAUUAUUUUUUGAGAUUAACUUGAAAUGACUUUAUACUCCGACAGAUUUAUUUUUGAUAGCUUCGUGUAUUUUUUUUAAGUGCUACUAAGAAUUUCAAGGAAUCUCCUUUUUUUUUUUUGGUCACGGUCCUCUAAUUGGAUGUAUCCAAUUGUUUGUUAUUAUUAUUAUUAUGGAAGGCACUGACAUACAGUAUUCAUAAAUUCAGAAUCAGAAUACCGAUAGCCUUUCUGCUUACCUCAGUGAACAUCACACUCAUAGAUCUGGCUGUAUAUUUUUAUGCCUAAUUAUGAUUUUAUGAAGCACAAAAGAUGAGACGCUGUUUGUCUUAUUUCUUUCAAGUACAUUUUUUAAUAUUUAGCACCUUUUUUCUGCAUCUGUCAAACAGAUAGCCACAUAUAUAUACGUGAAGUACUUAACACUGGACCACCUAUUUUAUUUCAUUCUCCUUGUAUUUUGGCAAUUAGCUUGGUAGUUGCGAAUUUUUCAAGAAAAACAUGUCCAUUGUCAUAAUUAUUUAAAACAGUUUGUUGUACUACUGUACUACUUAUGGCCGGUUGGCUAUUGCAUCUCUUUAUUGUACCGUCAAGGUAUCGUUAAAAAUCCCCUUACCGAAGAGAUUUUAGUGCCUCAUCAGUUUGCGGACUGAAAAAAUCAGACUGUAAAAUAUGACAUUGUGAUUCAGUUUUAGGUGGCUGCACUUGGAUGCAGUGUGUGUUGGGUUAUCCUAGCUUUGGUUAAAUGGUUAUUUGUUCCUAUACUGGACCAAAUUUGCUGUAUGUGUGAAAAUGCACAUUUUCCGUUAUAAGUGAUAAGAGAAAUACUUGGGGUGUUUUGGGUGAUGCAGGGGAUGAUAUUUUUGGACAAAAUGGAAGUUGUCCUUUGGUUAUUAUGAAUACAGAAACAUUUCCUAUAGGCUUCUGCUUAGAAGGACUUAUAAGAGCUGAGAUGCUUUUCUUUAAUGCUGUUACGAUUUUCGUUGGUGUUUAGAUAUUGAAGCUUUGCGUUAUUUAGAGAAUUACUGCAGUAUGACUAACACUCCAGCCAAUAAGACCAAUUUAUCUAAUUUAAAUAGUUAUGUAGAAAUUUACUUAUGUGUUUAUUUAUUUGUAGGGUCAUUUAUUUAGUGCUCUAAUAAUUUUUACAAGGCAUUUUUCUACAAAAAAAAAUGCUAAGAAUUGUUACUGAUAUUUUUUUCCUUCUUUCUUCAGAAUGAUUUUUUUAUAUAUAUUUGUGUUUUUUUUGUUCUUUUUUUUUUUUUUGUGAAUCUAUAAAUGUUUUUUUGUAACUACUGGCUUGGUUUAGUUUCCAUUGGUGCAUUAGUUUACAUAAAUAACUGAGGGGGCGUUUACACGACACCAUUUUCAACUAAAAACAGAAAACGUUUUUAUGCGUUUUGGCCAUUCAUUUAAACGACAACGGCAUUUUGGGGGCCUGAAAAUGCGAAGUUUUGAAAACGGGUCGCAAAGUGCAAGUUUUUGAAAACGAUACUGUUACCGUCUUCAUGUAAACUACAAAAACGUGAGUUUGUCGAAGCAAUGACGUCAUGCGCACGUGUUAUACGUGUUCGGUCUAUAGGCGUGUAGUGUUUCUUUACGAAGUGACGUCGCCAACUACUGGCCUGGCAGCAGAAUACAGCGUUUUUAGUUGUUUUCGUGGAUCCGUGUGAACGGGGAUUGUUUUGACAAUGUUGUCAUCUGUAUGCGGGUGGGGGGGUUGGUGUGGGUCGUCCCCCUCAGUGCAUAUGAGCACGUGCAUACCCAGAUGCUACGCCACUGGUUGUCGUGUAAACGUACCCUGAGUCUGCCCUGCACUCACAUCUGCCUCCUAUGACAUGACAUUGCAGUUGCAUCACAGUGACGGACGACUAUCACUACAUUUCACUACUUCUGUGACAAAUGAUUAAUUAUAUUUGUUCACCAGAGAUUUGUUGGCAUUUCAUUUUUUUUACUUUAAAUAAAGAAAAACAAUCUUGAAGUUAUGACCGAUUCUUAUUUGUAUGUUUACGAUAUCAGAAUAAAAAUUAAAGGGAUCGUUCACUCAGAAAUGAAAAUUCUGUCACUUAUUCAAGUUGUUCCAAACCUGUAUAAAUUUCUUUGCUCUGCUGAACACAAAGGAAGAGAUUUGGAAGAAUGUUUGUAACCAAACAGAUCUCGCCCCCCAUUGAUUAUCAUAGUACUUUUUUUUUCCUACUAUGGUAGACAAUGGGGGGCGAGAUCUGCUUGUUUACAAAUAUCUUCCUUUGUGUUCGGCAGAACAAAGAAAUUUAUACAUGUUUGGAACAACUUGAGAGGGAGUAAAUGAUAACAGAAUUUUCAUUUUUGGGUGAACUGUCCCUUUAAAUCAUUAAAAACUACAUAUUUUUGUAUUUACAAACUGCCAUGUAUGAUUACAUUAUUCAUGCCACAAACAUGAACAACACAGGCAUGCAAACCCUUUUACCUGAGGGCAGACUCAGUCUUUCGUCACUUCACUUUGAAGCUAGAAAGACUGUUUUCUUGUGUGAUCUGUAGAUGCCGUGUUCAGCUGAUCUCGGAUCAGUCAACUACACUGCUUGUAGUACCCGGACUCUGUUAAUGAUUGUAAGUAUUCUGUCCUGUUCUCUAUGUGAUGUGAAAUACAACUAAGAGAUCCUGUUGAGCAGUUCAUAGUUCAUUUUCUUUUGAUGCCAUGGUUAUACGUCUACUGUACAAGUUUUUUUUUUUUUUUUUUAGACAUUAAACAGUUCACGCUCUGAAGUGAUUUUUUUGAACAUUGUUGAGUAUUCAGAGAAAUAAAACAUGAAUGCAUUCAAAACUUGA